AUGGCGUCUUGGGUCCAACGUCAAUCGAAUUCGAAUUACGCACAACUAGCAGGCGCAGCUCUUCUUUCAGGGACCGCCGUCGCCGCUGGAAUUCUUGGGUACCAAGCUGUUAAACGAAAGGCGGCGGUUGAGCAGUUGAAGAGAUCAAUACCGGAACUCGACGAGACCAAUCGUGCUCUAAAGUUGUCAGAAUUUGGCAUUGUACCCCCUCCAAGUGUAAAGCAGCGCAAAGAGGAUGAACGCAGUGCUGCUAUUGCCCGUAGGGCACAGGAUGGAGACUAUGAUGAAGCAAAACUCCGCUCUUCCUUUACAAUAAUUGUCGGCUGUGGUGGUGUUGGCUCUCAUGCUGCGGCUGCUUUGGCUCGAUCUGGCGUCGGAAAAAUCAGACUUAUUGACUUUGAUCAAGUGACAUUAUCUUCCUUGAACCGACACGCUCUGGCCACCCUUGCAGAUGUGGGAUCCCCAAAAGUGCGUUGUAUACAGAAAAGGUUGGAGCAAAUUGCGCCGUGGGUAAAAUUCGACCCUCAGGUUAAUCUCUUCACCGAAUCUGCGGCAGACGAAUUACUAGGUCCAUGGUCCAUGCCAGGCGACAAAGAUACUCGAAGUCCAGAUUACGUACUGGAUUGCAUUGAUAACAUAUCCUCAAAAGUUGAAUUACUCCGCUAUUGUCAUUCUCGAAAUAUUCCCGUUAUAUCCUCCAUGGGAGCCGGAUGCAAAUCCGACCCAACCCGAAUCAUGGUUGGUGACAUAUCCACCAGUCUUGAAGACCCUUUGUCACGCAGCACUCGUCGCCGAUUAAAAGCCCUGGGGGUUACCUCGGGUAUACCGGUCGUCUAUUCCAUCGAAAAACCGGGCCCAGGAAAGGCAGCAUUAUUACCUCUGCCCGAGGAAGAAUUUGCAAAGGGUGACGUGGGCGAGUUAGGUGUCCUACCUGACUUUCGUGUACGCAUCCUCCCAGUCCUGGGUACCAUGCCUGCUAUUUUUGGUUACACGUUGGCCAACCAUGUCAUUUGCGAUAUUGCCGGAUACCCCAAUGAUUAUAACCCCGGCGGCAAAGGCAGGGAAAAGCUGUAUGAUUCAGUAUUAGGGACCCUGCAAGGUAUGGAAGAGCGUCUUGCAAAAUUUGAAAACAAAGAUCCGGUCGGGUUGAGGAUACCGAUCACCAGAGACGAUGUUGGUUAUCUGCUGGAGGAGGUGUGGAGGGGAAAAAGUGUGGUAAGUGGCCUCACUACCCGGUUGGUAUUGGUGCGAUGGGAAAGGCCAAAGGCAGGAUUCGGCGCCGACCCUGAAUGGGAAAAAUAUGGUCAAAAGGGAGUCAGAUUGCAUCUUCGAGACCUGGUGUGCAUGACCAAGGAAGAAGCGCAAAGACAUGAACGAGAAGUGCUCAAGGGCGAAAAAACGCCUGCGGACCUCUAUGAUGAGCGUGUAUUGCAUAAAGUACGGGAGAGACUACGGGAGGAAGAAGAGUUCGAGAAAUACCGAUAG